AUUUAUAAAUUUUUUGUUUUGGUUUUUGUAGAGUGGCAUCAACUUCUAGUCAUAAAUUAGCCUUUUUAAAUGAUAUAGAUAUUGGGUCAAUUGUUCAUAUAGGCUCUUAUGAAGCAGAACUUAUAUCAUAUGCAGAAAAACAUCACUUGAUGAAUAAGUCUGCUUUGAAACCAGUGGAAGUUACUGAAAAGGUGAAUGCCAGAGAGACUUCAAUCAGCAAGCCAAAUACAAAGUCUACUGCAUGUUUGCCUAAGCCUUCAUCUAUGCCAAAACAUGAUGAGUCUAAUAAUGAUGUUGCUUCAAAUCAAUUAGUUAUGCCUAGACCACCUGCUAACUGUAUUUGGUCUCAAAAUCCUGAUUGUUUGCCUAUCGUAGAUGUCGCUUUAGAAUCAAAAUUCGCUUCACGUCUACAACCUCAUCAACGUGAUGGUGUUAUCUUUCUGUAUAAAUGUUUAAUGGGCUAUCAACCUUAUGUUGCUAUAAAUGAUUCUAUUACAGGAAAUAUUUAUGGGUGUAUCUUGGCAGAUGAAAUGGGUCUUGGUAAAACAGUUCAAGCGAUUGCUGUGAUAUGGUUAUUAAUUAAACAAGGACCAUACGGUAAUCGACCAGUUAUUCGACGUUGUCUAAUUGUUACACCCGGUACACUUGUUCAGAAUUGGUCGAAAGAAUUUUCCAAGUGGUUAGGUCGUGAACGAUUACCUAUAUACUGUGUUGAUCAAAAUCAUUCUGUAAAGAAUUAUUUAACAACAACGGCUGCCAAUCGUCCUCAAAUUCUUCUUAUGUCUUAUGAAAUGUUUCUACAACAUGCUAAUGAGGUGUAUACAAUUACUGAUUUAGAUAUGGUUGUAUGCGAUGAAGGGCAUCGGUUGAAAAAUUCUAACAUAAAUACGACGAUGGCACUUUGUAAAUUACGCGCCAAUAGACGAUUACUACUAACGGGUACUCCACUUCAAAAUCAUUUAAAUGAAUUAUGGUCAUUGGCUAAUUUUUGUGUUCCUGGCCGAUUAACCUCUAGUUUGGAAGAAUUUCGUCGUCAAUUUGUUAUCCCUUUAUUGAAUAGUCGUAAAUUACAAAGUGAAAAACCUUCUGCUACUUCUGCUGGUACUACCACUACUACUCAUGAAUCAGGUGAAGAUGAUACCGAUGACGGUGAUGAUGAUUUUUGGAAUUAUGAUACAGCUACCGCCGCUGCUGUUAUCGACGAUGAUGACGAUAGCAGUGAUUUAGAAAGUCCAUCAGCAAAAUUGAUUCGUCUAAUGAAUAGCUUUUUUCUAAGACGGACAUCUGAUGUGAUUGCACCAAAGCUGACUAAUAAAACUGAACAUAUUGUAUUUUGUCGUCCGAGUAAACUACAAACAGACUUAGAAUCUGUUCUCACUGAAUGGAUGAAUAAAAAAUUUAAUAUAAAUCGUCGAAGUAAAUUUGAAGAAGAUGAAGAUGUUGAAGGGAGCGAUGAAGAUUUUGAUGAAGCUAUUGAAGAGGUUUUCGCCUUCCCAUCAUCAUCAUCAUCGUCGGCAUCAAAGCAUCAUAAUACCAUUCUGUCGAUUAUAACAGCUUUUCGUAAACUACACAAUCAUCCAUAUUUGUUAAGCAAAUAUUUAACUCAAUUUGAUGCAGGAAAAAAUUUUACAGAUAAUCGGUUACCGUCGAAGUUGACAGAAGAUUUACUACAAUUGUUAAAUACCUCCAAUUCAGUUAAUGAAGAUAUUCAUCAAAAGAAUUCGAAUGAAUUUAUCCAAUUGUCAGGAAAAUUUAACACACUGUAUUUCAUGUUAAAACGUUUAUUCAGUAAACACUCAUCAUCAGGGUCGUCGUUGUUGUCGUCGGCAACAUCUUCUGGUAUACAGAGUAACGUAAAACUUCAGAAACGACCGCGUCUGCACAAAGCAAUGAAUAAUACUGCCACAAAUAAUGUACCUACGAAGGAUCGUCUUAUUUUAGUCUCUAAUUUUACACAAACACUUGAUCUACUAGAAAAGUUGUGUAAUCUGGUCACUGGACAAUCAUGUUUACGCCUGGAUGGUCAGACAACAAAUAAACAACGCAAUGAAAUAGUUCAAAGAAUUAAUGAUCCUAAAUCGAAUGAUUGUAUAUUGUUGCUUAGUUCACGUGCUGGUGGAACAGGUCUUAAUUUGAUCGGGGCAAAUUACUUGAUUUUAUUCGAUAUGGAUUGGAAUCCAGCAAAUGAUGCACAAGCAAUGGCUCGAAUUUGGCGUCCGGGUCAAUUGAGACCAGUUCGAUUAUACCGCCUGGUCACAGCUGGUGGUAUGGAAGAGAGAAUAUUUCAACGGCAAGCAGCUAAGUUGGCUUUAACUAGUCAAACACUAGUCAACUCAUCAAUGUACAGCAAUAAUAAUCAUUUGUAUAAUUUUAUUGAUAAAAAGUCGAAUACAAAGUCUGGAAUACUUACUCGGGAUGAAUUGAAGGAACUCUUCCUAAUUCCAAAUACACAAACAGUAUCAUGGACUCAUGAUUUAAUUCAAUGUAAUUGUCAACAAUCUGUUGAAGUCGAGGCAAAUUCCGCUCACACACCAAGUCCAUCUCUUUCAACAUCAUCUUCUUCUUCUGGCUUAUCCAAUAAUAAUAAUAAUGAUCCAGUUAAAUUGGAACAUGAUAAAGAGAAUAUUAGUCGAAUGCAUAAAGACACUGCUAGUACUGCCGCUACUGCUGCUCCUGCUGUUGAUGAUGAUGGUGGUGACUGUGAUUUUGAUGAAGAUUCUGACGAUGAAUUCUCUGAUAUUCGUGUAUUUCAAUUAAGUACAAUCAAUCCACAUUCAGUCGGCAACAGUGGUAAUAUGCUGAAAUCGCCUAAAUCACAAUUUAACUUUAUUAAACAACAAUCAAUGUUAUCCUCAUCAAAGUCAUCGUCAACAUCUUUGACAAGGACUAAUUCGUCAUCUACAAAGACAACAUCGUCGUCGUCGUCUGAUUCACUUGGUUUCUUAUUGAAUUGGAAACAUUCUUUAUCUGUGGAUCAAAUGAGUCAAUUGGAGGACCCGCUAUUGAUCAAUGACUGUCAGUUGGAUCCUAUGACAUCUUUAAUUAGUUGUAUAUUUACACUGGAGACAAAAACAGGAUAA